AUGUAUUGCGAUUACACACGACAUUUAAAUUUGAAUUUCAUCCAGCAAAGAACACGAAAUCUUCUUGCGUUUUCAAAAAAGAACCUAGCGACAUCAUUUUUACGAAUGUUUUUUUCUCCACCAACAAAUUUUAAUUUUGCGAAAACAAAUUAUCGUACUACCUCAAUCAAGAAAGCUAAAACUACACGGAAUAUUACGGAAAUUACAGAUUUACAAUACAGCUUUUAUACAAGACAAGCGCAGAAAAACAGAAAAACAAAAAGCGACCGACUUCAUCUCUCCAACUACACACAGCACUCUAAAAUAAAUCAAAAAUUGCAGAAAUGGUAAGAUUUUCAAGCUGAUGCAGCACUUCGCUCAACUUCUACUACUAUAGCUUUGCUAUUGCUGGUGACGUCACGGCUAACCUUCCUCGAUUUUUUAACUUGCACAGGCAAAUGAGGGCUCGGGGUCGAUGGGGGCGCCCACGGUUUGACGGUGGUCGUGUACUAGUACUAUUGGUAGAGGGGUGAAAGAUUCUUUCUGCAGCGUGAAGACACUUCUCCCCGAAUGUCACUUCUGCUUGUGAAGCAGUACAUUGGUCCAUUGUAGUUGGCCACGCAACAAUCCUUACACAACUAGGCUCCUCCUUUUUUCAUAUAGACAGGAAUUACAACUUAAGGGGCGGAGUAGACACGACCUCAGGAAGUAGGUUCUGUUGUUGUUAAAAAGGAAAAGAUGGAACAAAUAGGGGCAGCUCCUGCAGCUACAGAAGUACGGACAAGAUUAAUGCCAAAACUACAACUUCUUGUCGCGACGCUGAAAAUUCAUCUUGAAGCUCUACCAUUUUUGCACUAAAAAAAGAAAAAAAGCAAAAAAAAUCCAGAUUCACCACUUCAUAGAAGUACUACGAAC